AAAAAAACCAGUAUAGAAUAUAUUCGCCUAAAUUUUCUAAAAGAAUUGAAUAAUGUUAAAGAGUGCGAUCAAAAAUAGUUAAUGUUUUCUGAGUCUAUUGGAUGUGUAUGGUGUUCUGAGUGUACUGGAUGUGUUGGUGUUCUGAGUAAACUGGAUGUUUUUUUUUAUAUUUGCAAAUUGUUUUCAAAAGACUAGAACAGCGUAUUUGUGAGAAGUGGUUUUUACAAUUAAAAAAAGCUGAACAAAUUAUUUUAUCCACGAAAACAGCAAAAAAACGUACAACACAAUAAACUAAAAUAUGUCGUAAUACGUUGAGAUGUCUGCAAAUACAACUCAAGACGAGUCGGAAGAAAAAUGGAUUAAAUUAACGUUUACUGUCACUCGGUAUAUUAUUCUUAUCUUGGGUAUUUUAGGAAAUGCACUUUUAAUUAUUGCAUUAAUUAAAAUUCGACGUUAUAAAAAGUUUGUUGAUAAGCUUAUCAUAAAUUCAUGUGCUAUUAAUGUUUUGCUCGUAUCAGUUUCAAUUCCAGCAGACCUAAUUACGCGAGCUUCUCAAAACUAUCCCUUCGGAGACGUAGGGUGUAAACUUUUAUUACCUGUUUCUACGUACGCCGUAAAUACAGGCGUGUUUACUUUAUUAGUAAUAGCAUUUGAGCGUUGGAAAGUUGUUGCUCAACCAUUUAGUUUAAUUAACGACGGGUUAAGAUCUGUCUUAAUUAUAUUAACCAUUCAUCUUUGUGGUAUUGGAACUGUUAUACCUUAUGUGGUCACACUACAUCGUAUUUAUCAACCUGAAAGCAAUAGAUUAGAAUGUAAUGAAACCUGGUCCUAUGAUUCGGCUCGUUUAUAUACCGUAGCAUUGUUUGCAAUGCAGUAUGUUAUUCCUGUUCCUAUUAUGCUUGCAUUUUACCUAAAAGCGUGGGUAAUUAUCCAAAGAAGAAAUCUAGCUGUCACUAGACCAAUGACUCCUUUAUUUUUAAACUGCGAACAAAGUGAAAAUUUAGAAAUAACACGUAAAACAUUUUCUUUUAGUCACGAAGUCGAACAACGUAAAAACUCCGAAAAAUCGACACCAUUAUUGCCGUUAAUAUCAAGACAAAAAAGUUUUCGACGUUCUAGCGAGAUUUUUAUGAAUUAUAUUUUCCCAACCUCAAUGAUUGAACCGACAGUUUUACAGCAUAAAGCUCUUGAACGACGAUUUCGACAAAGUCGCGAUUUAUUACGCACAUUCACCGUUGUUGUUAUGGUAUUUGUUGUAUUUAUGCUUCCGAACCAGAUAUAUUGGAUAACAUUAUAUUUCAGUCAAAACAAACAAAACCAUAUUGUUUAUAAUGUGGUUUAUAUACUAACAUAUGCAAAUUGCGUUUUUAAUCCAUGGAUCUACGGAGGUCUAAAUCAAAGGUUCAGAAAAGAUUUUAGAUGCGUAAUGUUUAGAAUAUCGUCUGUGUUUACCAAUUAAUCACAACUUAAUUAUAAAAAAUUGUCAAAAAUUUUUAAAACAAUUUAAAAA